AUGGGUCGUAUGCACGCACCUGGUAAAGGUAUUGCCCAAUCGGCAUUACCCUACAGAAGAAGUGUCCCUACAUGGCUCAAAGUAACUCCCGAGGAAGUUAAGGACCACAUUUUCAAGUUAGGAAAGAAAGGUUUGACCCCAUCACAAAUUGGUGUAAUCCUCAGGGAUUCCUAUGGUGUAGCCCAAGUAAGAUUUGUUUCUGGAAACAAAAUUUUGCGAAUUAUGAAGGCCAUGGGAUUAGCCCCUGAUCUACCAGAAGAUUUGUACUACCUUAUCAAAAAGGCUGUAGCUAUCCGCAAGCAUUUGGAAAGGAAUAGGAAGGACAAGGACAGCAAAUUCCGUUUAAUUUUGGUUGAAUCACGUAUCCACCGUUUGGCCAGGUACUACAAGACUAAAUCAGUUCUUGCUCCCAACUGGAAGUACGAAUCUAGUACAGCCUCUGCUUUGGUUGCUUAA